GGGGUGGCAGUAUAGAGCAGAGUGAUUGCACUGGGCGGGGGGUGUGUGUAGGGAUGAGAGGGGGAGAAGGAGGAGGAGGAGGAGGAGGAGAAGGUCGAGGUGGUGGUGAUCGGUUCGGGUCGAGUGACACACGUUGCCUGUUGGGGCGAUACUCUACCCUACCCCACCCCCCCAGGCGAUGACGGGGGCCGUACGCAUGUGCGUGCGUGCCGCCAUACGCGAGCAGAGGAUGCCACGUGUCUUAUAGCACCGCAAGAGUUACGUCUCCUUCUCCCAUUCUCCUCUCCUCUUCGUGUCGGCUGCUCUCCCCGUCUCUUGCUCCUCUUGCUCCACUUGCCUGCUGCUGCUGAUCUUCGCGGGCACAGGCGUUUCGUUGGGAUUGCACCACAAAAGUUAUGAGGGAUUUUUGUUAUGUUAUGGAGAGUCAUAUAACCUUAUAUGAAAUGAAAUUUCAUUGUUAUGCUAUGGUGUGGCGGAAUCAGGGACCCGCACGAUCGCGCUGAGUAAAUGACAGUUCCUUUGAUCAGGAAGGGAGUUAUAGGUCUUAACCUAUCAACCAAUCAAUUAACCGACCAAUCAAUCGAUCGAUCCAUCAACUAACCCAAUCAAUCAAUCAAUCAAAUCAAUCAAUCAAGCCAUCAGUCAGUCAACCUCUCUCUCAAACAAUUAAUUAGUGGAUCGCUCGGUCAUGUAGUCGAUCGGUUCGAUAAUCUGAUUGUGCUGUCCUUCUCGUUCUGUGGCAGCUGAUCUAUCUACACUUACCUAUUCAUCUGAGCUUGCCACUUUGUCCGUUGUGUCGGCGAGAGCAUAACAACCGUCGAUCGGGUAAUUAGUGUACAAUUACCAGUAGAUCGACACGUGUCGUCUUGUGCCCGGCCCCUGGAGUUCGUUGGCGACCGUAAUAGGAAAGGGAAAGGUGAAUGCUGGGUAACCGAAACAGGAAAGGGAAAGGCGGAUGCUGAGGGAGGGAAAAGGAAUAUAGGAGUGAUCGAGGGGUCAGAAGAUCCUCCUAGCAGCCGUUGUUAAUCGGGUAGGAGGGGAGGGGAGGAGGGGAGGAGGAGAGGAGAGGAGGUGGGUUAUCUAUCACGGCAGGCAUUCCCCCCCCCCCCCCCCCCCCCCCCCCCUUUCUGUUGCCUCAGCUUUGUUGUCGUUCUCUUAGGGCACACGCACAGUACGACUUUUUCGACCGCGCUCUGGACGUGAUUUCGGUCAGAUGCAUCAAGGUCUGACCGUAAUUGCAGGCGUAGACAGACUAAGUAGGGAAAGUGCUAGUGUGAGCAAAGCCGUCAUAUAUAUGUAGCUAUAGACUUCUCUGUCUGUUCUGUCCUUUUUCCUGGUCCUUAGCUUAUCCGGGAUCCGACGCUCUCUCCCUCCCACUCUCUCUCGUUUGGUUUUCUUUUCCUCUGUUCGAGAGAACACGAUCGAGACUGCCUUGGUCGGGAUAGGGAGGAGUCGCGUGCUGUCUGUCGGGGUUGGGAUUCGAACCAUCAGCCUGCCGACGUGCCGGGGAGAGAGAAACAGAUACGCGCGGUGGAGGGAAAAUGGGGCAGGUAGAUAGUAGAGGAGGAGGAGGAGGAGGAGGAGGAGGAGAGCGAGGCCUCAGGUCGAGCGAACGGAGUCGUAAGAGCGGCGGAGAGGAGGAUGGAGAGAGAGAGAGAGGAGAUAAAGGGCGGAGCGCCAAGGAUGGGGAGAGCAAAGGGGCCAUAGGAGAUGACGUCUCACUUAAUGCUCUCCGUGGCAACCCCACUGCCACUAUCCUUUGCGGAUUAACGCUUCUGCUCAUCUGUGUCAUGGCAUUCUCCAUCCGGCUGUUUUCGUAUCUGUCAAAAGCGGGAGUGUACAAUUUCUGGAACUGGUUCGACGAUCGAACAUGGUAUCCCUUGGGGCGAGUGGUUGGCGGAACAGUCUAUCCAGGGCUCAUGCUCACUGCAGGGACAAUGUGGAAGAUUGCCAAUUCACUCAACAUUCCGCUGUCGGUGGAGACUGUGUGCGUAUUCACGGCUCCAGUGUUCAGUGCAAACACUGCAUGGGCGACAUUCUUGCUGGCAAAGGAAGUUAGGGGUCCAGGUGCAGGGCUGACGGCUGCAGCACUUAUUGCGACAGUGCCUUCGUACAUCUCCAGAUCUGUUGCAGGGAGCUAUGACAAUGAAGGAAUUGCAAUCUUCGCCUUGGUCUUCACCUUUUUCUUAUAUUUGAAGACUCUUAAUACAGGAUCCCUGUUUUAUGCGACAGCAAAUGCACUUGCGUAUUUCUAUAUGGUUUGCUCAUGGGGAGGAUACACAUUCAUUAUCAACCUGAUUCCCAUCCACGCUCUCGUUUGCCUCUUCUCGGGCCGAUACUCCUCGAGGCUUUAUGUAGCUUUUGCUCCAUUGGUGGUAUUUGGGACAUUGCUGGCGGCUUCUGUGCCUGUCGUUGGCUUCAAUGCUGUUAUGACGUCAGAGCACUUCGCUUCAUUCCUGGUUUUCUGUAUUCUGCACAUUGUUGCGCUUGUGUGCUUUCUGAAGCGCAUUUUGCCGAAGAAAACGCUGCUCCUGGCACAAACCGUUGUUAUCACACUGGGAUUAGGUGGCGCAAUUGCUCUAGGAGCUGUCCUUGUUGCAAUGGUUGCAAAGAGCCCAACAUUGGGAUGGAGCGGGAGGAGUUUGAGUCUUCUUGACCCGACCUAUGCUAGCAAGUACAUUCCCAUUAUUGCCAGUGUGAGCGAGCACCAGCCUCCGACAUGGCCAUCUUACUUCAUGGACAUCCACAUCCUUGCAUUCCUGGUUCCUGCCGGGUUUGUGGCCUGUUUUCUUCCGUUAUCCGAUGCCAGUUUGUUCCUCGUCCUCUACGGUGUAACAUCGGUUUACUUCUCAGGGGUCAUGGUGCGGCUGAUGUUAGUUCUUGCGCCUGCGGCCUGCAUUUUGUCUGGAGUGGCCCUCUCAGCAGCUUUUAACACGCUGACCCGUUCCGCAAAAUUUCACAUCUAUGGAUUCAUUUUCCCCAAAGGGGCACCUGUGGAGUCUGAAGCGAAGUCGACCGCACCGACGGAGCCGAAGGUUACAGCGGAGGACUCUGCUACCGAUUCUGCGUCAGAAGUGGUGACUCCCAAAGUGGCAACUUCGGGCCGAAAGCGACGAGGCAGUAAAAUGAAAGAGGCGGAGGAAGAGCCGCAAAGAGAGCGGAAAAGUGCUCCAUCAAAAGGAAAGUCGACGUCAAAGCCCAAAGUUCAGGAUAAGAGGACGGCAUGGCCUCUUCCCCUGGACGUGUCACUUCUGGGACUUGCGUUGCUGCUAUCUGCCUCAUGCUUCUACAUGUACCAUUCAGUCUGGGCAGCUUCAGAGGCAUACUCAGCGCCGUCGAUCGUUCUAUCGACACACACACAGGAUGGCCGCACUCACAUUUUUGACGACUUUCGAGAGGCUUAUGCUUGGCUGCGACAUAACACUCGGGAGGAUGCCAAGGUUGUAUCAUGGUGGGAUUAUGGGUACCAGACGACUGCGAUGGCAAAUCGGACAGUUUUGGUUGACAACAACACAUGGAACAACACCCAUAUUGCAACGGUCGGGACGGCCAUGUCGUCGCCAGAGCGACAAGGAUGGGAAAUCUUUAAAGCCCUGGAUGUAGAUUAUGUCUUUGUCAUUUUCGGAGGUAUGGUGGGGUACCCUAGCGAUGACAUCAACAAGUUCCUAUGGAUGGUGCGAAUUGGUGGUGGCGUUUUCCCACACAUUAAGGAGAGUGAUUACCUGCGAAAUGGACAAUAUCGAAUCGAUGCGCAAGCAACACCGACAAUGCUUAACUGUCUAAUGUACAAGCUUUCGUACUACAGGUUCACAGAUGCAACAGGCGAUGGCUAUGACCGGGUUAGAGGAACGCAGAUUGGAAAGAAGCACUUCAAGUUGAAUUAUUUCGAGGAGGUAUUUACAACACAGCACUGGAUGGUGAGAAUCUACAAGCUAAAGCCUGUGAAGAACCGCACUCGGGGCCGCGUCAAAGCAAGAACAAAACAGGCUGUCAGGACGUCACUGAGGGGUUCUGUGCGCAAGAUCUGGCGACGUCGCAGAACCUAAAGACAAUCGGACGUUUGGAAACACUGGCUGGCAAAGCAAUAUGGAGCAACUUGACCACCACCCACUUCCGCUUCGUCCAUCUGUCCAUCAAUAUGUCAGUCCAUGCAUUGGACUGCGAGACAGGGCAGAGUUGGAUGGGUCAAUAUGCAUGGAUCGGAAUCAGUUUUGCCAAUCAAUGACUGAUGUUCUCCCAUGCUCUUGCAUGCACACCCCUUGUGCUGAUCCCUUUCCUCACUUGGUGGCUGCAUUGCAGAGUUUGUCAGAGAUUUUUCUCCUCUUUUGCAUAUCUUCGAGGCCGAUAUCAUAACGAAUUUUCAUCACAAGCCUUGUGGGUUCCUGCUUUUUGACACAUCUCUCUCUCUCUCUCUCUCUCUCUCUCUCUCUCUCUCUCUCUCUCUCUCUCUCUCUCUCUCUCUNCUCUCUCUCUCUCUCUCUCUCUCUCUCUCUCUCUCUCUCUCUCUCUCUCUCUCUCUCUCUCUCUCUCUCUCUCUCUCUCUCUCUCUCCCCAAUUCCUUGGGUCAGAUGCGUGCGUUUCGUUUCUGUUUCUCUCUUUCUCCAAUUCCUUGGGUCGGAUGCGAUGCUGUUGUUGUGUUGUUUUGCUGAUGCACCUGUGUGUGUCUGGUCAAGCAUGUGUGAUAUACUCCAUGAAGAUGAGCUACUAACAGUGGCCAUAAAAUGGACUCCAGAAGUGGAGUUGUCACUCUUGUUCCUAAUGCAAGUACUUUAUGCUGUGACAAUAUAGUGCAUGCUAAGAUAUGUCUGAACUUCGAUGGUCAAGUUCAUGGUCCAUGCCGAAUGUUUUUAAUUCCUAUCUGCAGAGCCGGACUACUCUGUUUCCACGCCAUGAAGUUUCUGACCGGUUUGUAGGUAUCAUCGUAGGAGCAUGCUACCUACCUUCUCCCCCAUGAACGUAUACAAACCCCAUUCCUGUA